CAACCGUCCCUCGCUGCGCGGGGUGCUGAAGUCUGUCGGGGCUUGUCGGCGGGGAGCUUCAGGCGGUGAGGGCUGCUGCUCGGCGGGAUCCCAGGGUUACCGGCCCGAUCCUGCGUCGUCACGGGCAUUAAGUCUCUCUCGGAUCCGCUGACCUGCUCCUGGGAAGGCGACGAGGUUGUCUAGACGCUGUCAUUUUCCUUGCAGUGAAGUCAGCGCGGAGCCCGCAGCUUCGCUCUCGGCGGUUUUGACAGGUGUUUGUCCCCGCGAAAUAAAUGACUACUGGACAGGAUCGAGUGGUUGCUCUUGUGGAUAUGGAUUGUUUUUUUGUCCAAGUAGAACAACGGCAAAACCCUCAUUUGAGGAAUAAACCUUGUGCAGUCGUACAGUACAAAUCAUGGAAAGGUGGUGGAAUUAUUGCAGUGAGUUAUGAAGCUCGGGCAUUUGGGGUCACUAGAAACAUGUGGGCAGAUGAUGCUAAGAAGUUAUGUCCUGAUCUUCUACUGGCACAAGUUCGUGAAUCCCGCGGGAAAGCUAACCUUACCAAGUACCGGGAAGCUAGUGUUGAAGUCAUGGAGAUAAUGUCUCACUUUGCUGUGAUUGAACGUGCCAGCAUUGAUGAGGCUUAUAUAGAUCUGACCAGUGCUGUGCAAGACAGACUUCAAAAGUUACAAGGUCAGCCUAUCGCGGCAGACUUGUUACCAACCACUUACAUUGAAGGGCUGCCCCGAGGCCCUACAGUAGAAGAGACUACUCAGAAAGAGGCAGUUCGAAAACAAGGCUUACUUCAGUGGCUUGGCUCUCUUCAGAUUGACGAUGCCGCCUCUCCAGACCUACAGCUGACUGUGGGGGCCGUGAUUGUGGAAGAGAUGAGAGCAGCCAUAGAGAGGAAGACUGGUUUUCAGUGUUCAGCUGGGAUUUCACACAAUAAGGUCCUGGCAAAACUCGCUUGUGGACUAAACAAGCCAAACCGGCAGACUCUGGUCUCACAUGGGUCAGUCCCACAGCUCUUCAGCCAGACGCCAGUUCGUAAAGUCCGCAGUCUUGGUGGGAAACUCGGGGCUUCUGUCAUUGAAACCCUUGGGGUAGAGUACAUGGGUGAACUGACCCAGUUCACUGAGUCUCAGCUGCAGAGUCACUUCGGAGAGAAGAACGGAUCAUGGCUGUAUGCCAUGUGCCGAGGGAUUGAACAUGAUCCAGUUAAACCCAGGCAGUUACCUAAAACUAUUGGCUGUAGUAAGAACUUCCCAGGGAAAACGGCUUUGGCUACUCGUGAGCAGGUACAAUGGUGGCUCUUGCAGUUAGCCCUGGAACUUGAGGAGAGACUAACCAAAGACCAAAAUGAUAAUGACAGGGUGGCCACUCAGUUGGCCGUCAGUAUUCGUGUACAAGGAGACAAACGUCUUAGCAGCCUACGCCGUUGCUGUGUCCUCACUCGAUAUGAUGCUCAUAAGAUGAGCCAGGAUGCAUUUGCUGCCAUCAGGAAUUGUAAUACUUCCGGAAUCCAAACCGAGUGGUCCCCGCCCCUCACAAUGCUUUUCCUUUGUGCUACCAAAUUCUCUGCCUCUGCCCCUUCAUCUUGUACAGACAUCACUGUCUUCUUGAGCAAUGACUCAAGUUGUCAGCCAAAGGUGCCAGCUGCUAGCUCUGAAACUAAAACCCAGGGAACUGGUCCAGUUUUGCCCACCUCUAAGAAGGCAGCCACCUCUUUGGAGUCUUUUUUUCAAAAGGCUGCUGAAAAGCAGAGGCUGAAAGAGACUUCCCUUGUACCUCUCAAAACGUCCACAGACAAGUCACCCCUCAAGCCCUCGCUACCAUUCCGAACCAGCCGGACUACAGGGAUUGAGCCCUUCUUUAAGCAGAAGAGGCUGCUGUCACAGCAGACACAGCCUAGUAAUUCUUCAGCUCCUUGCCUUCCACAGAAGGACUCUGAAGUGAUAUCAAGCUAUUUUUCAACUGAGUGUGCAGUUGGUGGCCCGCUUUAUGAAAGAGUGUUGAAGCCAGUAGCCUCAGAAGAAGUUUCUACAGAAAUGGGCGUGGCUGGGAACAGUCCAAACAUGCUUGAGUCUUCAGUUUACAACUCUGAGGAGGUGGCCCAAAGGGCAACUGAGGACCAAGUGCUCUGUGAGAAGUGUGACUCCCUGGUCCCAGUGUGGGACAUGCCAGAGCACACAGACUUCCAUUUUGCAUUGGAAUUGCACAAGUCUUUUUUGCAGCCUUGUACUCCAAAGCCCCAAGCUGUUCCUGCCAUGUCUCCUCGAGGCAAAAGAAACCCCAAGAGUCCUUUGGCUUCCAGUAACAAACGUCUUAGGCUCCACGGCAUGCAGACGCUGGAAUCAUUUUUUAAGCCAUUGACACAUUAAUGCUGCCCUAGGCUUGCAGGAGAGCUUUACUAUUUUAUUUGUAACUUGAGAGAUGGAAUCAUGUUGAUUUCUCAAGGGAAUCUAUGAAAUUUUUAACACAAAAUUAGGUUAAAUUUCUCUCUUCAAUGGGAUUCUAAUCCUGUUGCUGAUCAAAAUGUUUUUACUCUUCAGGGAGACACAAAGGUGAAAGGAACCUUAGCAAACUCCAUAUCUCACUUUCUUCUCUAUAAAAUUGAAGACCAUAUGUGAUAUUUUAGGAAUGUAACUCGAUACAGCCUCCCCCCCAAAAAAAGAAAAACCAAAGUCCUAACAAAAUUGGAACAGAAAGGGGGGGAAAAAUGGGGUCAGGGAUGUAGUUGGUAGAACACUGGACUAAGAUAGCACGUGCUAUCCCUGUGUUCAAUUCCCAGUACUGGAGGAAAAAAAAAAAACAGCAUACAAACAUGGGCAAAUCCAAAAGGCUAAAUAAUGGAUUUAAGAAAUAAUUCUUUAAUGAGUGCCGGGCGGUGGUGGCACACGCCUUUAAUCCCAGCACUCGGAAGGCAGAAGCAGGCGGAUCUCUGUGAGUUCGAGGCCAGGCUGGACCGAUAGCCUCCAAAACAAUACAGAGAAACCCUGUCUCAUAAAAACCAAAAAAAAAAAAAAAAAAAAAGCUUUAAUGAGACAUAGUCUUCUUAGUCACCCAGGUGGCCUUGAGUUAUAUAUGAAUCCAGGUCGUGGUUAAAUGAGUAGGGAGAAGCAUACACAUCUCUCUUCCAGUAUAUAAAUACAAAUCAAUUUCAUCUUAUUUAUAAAUUGGACCUUUGUAUUUUACUUCGAAGUUCACAGACAGGAAAUGACCUUUUCCUUUGAAGCUGCUGUGGCUUUUCCCUAGCUGGGUUAGUAUAGUAGCUUCUGAAAGGCUGAGUUCUUGCAGUGCCUUGCACAUCCUAUGUUCUUCGUAUUGGUUCACUGUGUGUAGUUAAAAAAAAAAAAACUUACAUCUGGUUACCCAAACUAGGACAAUAAAUAAAAAUGUAUUCUUUGAGGAA